AUGCAGACCUUUAAAAGUGCUUUGGGCCUUGGCCUUGUCAUUCUUUCAAGUGUGGUCGGAGCUCAACAAUUCUCCAAUGAUACGGAUACUACAAUCACAAGUACAAAGCAGAUUACAAGUACUAGAACAGUUCCAAAUCCAAAUCCAACCAUAACGGCGCCACCAUCCGUAACUGGCGACUGCUGCUUCGUUGUUCAAGAUACUGUCAGUCAAGUGUGGUGGGAGAUAUACACAGCAUAUACCAAUUACUAUAUCGUCAACCUCACAUCUAUCACCACAUAUGUAACUCCAUAUCCAACGACGACUCUUUCUGCGAGUACCACAAAUGUAUACACGACAAAUGCUUCCUUCACAUUUACCAGAGAAGCUGGAACCAAUCCAAUCUACUUAUACGGAAAUUUCGAUGGUGGAAAGAUCCAGCAAAAUGCAUCGGUUAUUCUUAAUGCGACCCAAAUCGUUACUGCUGGCGUGACUGUCAAUUCUCCAGCAGCCUUUAACGUAUACCCCACCUUGAAGGUUAUUCGUGUCCCAGCCAUUACGGACUCGAACGGAAACAAAGCAUGUGCAACUCGUUCUACUUUCCCUACCACCCUCGUGGAUUUCAGUCGAUCAACAACGUUGGUUCCAUACACAACGGAGACCAUCGUCAGAACUGAAACCGAAACACUGUACACAACCACAGGGCCUACUUUAAUAUCAUCAAUUGGUGUUGCGACAAAUACAAUCACCACACGUCUAACCCUCAGCUCGGGUGUCGUGUCUACUGGUGGCCAGUUCACAUCAACGUAUACCAACUUGCCUGUCUUUACGGUCAAUCCCAGCGCCGAAGCAUAUUUCGAUAAAGAUGCUACCUUUAAGCCUACUGGAACCGUUUUGUCUCUUGCAACACCAUUCAUCUAUUUCCCACCCAGAGGAGCCACGGGCACAACUGGUCUAGGCUAUGACGGUUGUACGCAAGGUGCUGGGCCUGAGAAUUAUGGUUAUCCUGUGCAAUCCGCGCUUGAUUUUGCGCAGUCUCAAUUCCCUGAGCUCGCUGGUUGUUUGCCUGCAGGACCUGAAGUUGUCUCUAAUACAGCAUGUAGUCAAGUUGCUCCUAUUACUCAAGAGGCCGGAGGUGAUCUCACAUCUUCAACUGUCAUCACCGUCACUCCAACUGCUUUGCCAGUGACAACACCUACGACAACACCUGAACCUCUUCCACCGGCUCCAACCCCAACUACUACACCUCCAGCUGUCACGCCUACAGCACCACCGCCAGCUCCUCCAGUUAAUACUCCAACAACUCAACCGCCUCCUCCUGUGAACACGCCUACCGUAGUUGUGCCUCCUCCAACCACGCCUACAACACAAGCCCCGCCACCACCUGCCAAUACUCCUACGAUCGUAGUACCUCCUCCAGCUGAUACCCCAACCACUCAACAGCCUCCUGCAAAUACACCUAUCGUUGUAGCACCUCCCGCUAAUACGCCCACGGAAGUGGCUCCUCCAGCGAAUACACCUACAACAGUAAUUCCACCUCCGGCAAACACACCACCAGCCAACACUCCGGCCAACAACCCUCCGGCAAAUACGCCAGCUAAUAAUCCUCCUGCUAAUACUCCGGCCAACAACCCACCUGCUAAUACUCCUGCGAACAACCCGCCUGCCAAUACUCCAGCUAAUAACCCACCGGCCAACACGCCAGUCAACACACCAGCGAACAACGCUCCUGCCAACACUGCCGUCCAAAACCCCCCAGCGAACACUCCCGCGACCAACCCACCAGCCAACAACCCACCAGGCUCAGCAGCACCCCCAGCCUCAACCCUCAUCGGCGCACCCCCCGCAAACCCCCCCUCAGCAGCCACCACCGCAAACCCAAUAGCCUCAGCAAUAGCCUCUCAACUCGGACUCUCCCCCCUCCCCAUCCAAGCAACCCCAUCUCCCGUCACCAUCUCCGGGAUCGCCACCAUCCCCAUCCUGCCAGGCGUCUCCGCGCCCGCAGGUCUCACAACCGUCCUCGCAGGCACCACCGCCGUGCUAGUCUCCUACACGACCACCGUCGCCGCGCCCAGCACCACUAUAAUCCCCUCUUUCGUCGCUGUUCCCGCGCCAUCACCAUCGACGGUGACGACGUCGUUGGUAUUAGGCAGCGCCGGCGGAACGACCGAGAUCGCAGUGAACAGUGCGGGAGGAGCAGCGGUGACGGGUCUCACGACUGUAAGGGGGACGAGUACGUUUGUUGUGCUGACGGGCGUGACGACUGUCGCUGUUGUUACGACUGCGAGUGCUAGUACGCCGAUUGUGGUUGUUGCUCCUACGGUUGUAGGGAACGGAACUGGGAGUGCUACGAGCACGCCGUUGCUUACGAACGGCGGGUCCGCGGUGCGAGGAUCGUGGUUGAUGGGCGUGAUGGGUGUUGUGGUGGGGGUUUUAAUGUAA